AUGGAAACAGUUGAAGAGUUGAACUGCAUAUAUAGAAACCCAAAUGAAUCCAUUGAAGCUCGAGUCAAGGACCUCCUUUCUCGCAUGACUUUGAAAGAGAAGGUGGGGCAGAUGACCCAAAUUGAGCGUGAGGUCGCCACCCCUUUUGCCAUUAAAGACUUGUCAAUCGGGAGCAUAAUCAGUGGUGCAGGAAGUGAGCCGUUUAAGAAGGCUUUAUCGGCGGACUGGGCCGAUAUGGUUGACGGAUUUCAGAGGUGUGCACUGGAAACCCGGCUCCGGAUUCCAUUGAUAUAUGGGAUUGAUGCGGUUCAUGGGAACAAUAGUGUCUAUGGUGCCACUAUAUUUCCUCACAAUGUUGGUCUUGGGGCUACCAGAGAUGCGGAUUUGGCUCGAAGGAUUGGUGAGGCCACUGCUCUUGAAGUCAGGGCUAGUGGCAUUCACUACACUUUUGCUCCCUGUGUAGCUGUAUGCAGAGAUCCCAGGUGGGGAAGAUGCUACGAGAGUUACAGCGAAGACACUGAAAUUGUUAGAAAGAUGACAUCCAUUAUAUCAGGUUUACAGGGGAAGGCACCCCAAGGGCAUGAAAAUGGCUUCCCUUUUAUAAAAGGAAGAAACAAUACUAUUGCAUGUGCCAAGCAUUUUGUUGGAGAUGGGGGCACACAAAAAGGUGUAAAUGAGGGAAAUACCAUAUCAUCUUAUUAUGACUUGGAGAGGAUUCAUAUGGCACCAUAUCUGGACUGCAUUUCUCAAGGAGUUUCCACUAUUAUGGCAUCUUAUUCCAGCUGGAAUGGAAAUAGACUACAUGCUGAUCGUUUUCUCCUUACUGAAAUCUUGAAAGGAAAGCUAGGAUUCAAGGGAAUUGUGAUUUCUGACUGGGAUGGACAUGAAACAAUUAGCGAGCCUCAAGGAUCAAACUACCGUUUCAGCGUUUUAUCUGCCAUCAAUGCAGGAAUUGACAUGGUUAUGGUGCCUUUCAGAUUUAAAAAUUUUGUGGAUGAUUUAGUAAAUCUGGUGGAACAUGGGGAGAUACCAAUGUCCAGGAUAGAUGAUGCUGUUGAGAGAAUACUGAGAGUGAAGUUUGUUGCUGGUCUUUUUGAACAUCCCUUUUCUGAUAGAUCUUUGCUGGACAAAGUUGGUUGUAAGCUGCACAGGGAUCUGGCACGCGAAGCUGUUCGCAAGUCGUUGGUUCUGUUGAAGAAUGGAAAGGAGCCAAGAAAACCUUUUCUUCCAUUAGAUAGAAAAGCCAAAAGAAUACUGGUUACCGGAACACAUGCUGAUGAUCUUGGAUAUCAGUGCGGAGGAUGGACAGUUACUAAGGCGGGAUUAAGCGGCAGAUUCACCAUUGGCACAACCAUCUUGGAAGCUAUCAAGAAAGCAGUUGGACACAAAACAGAAAUAAUUCAUGAGCAGCUUCCAUCAACCGACACCCUAGCACGUAAUGACAUCUCUUUUGCAAUUGUUGCCAUCGGUGAAGGUUCAUAUGCCGAAUGCAAGGGCGACAACUCGGAGCUUGUGAUUCCUUUUGAUGGAGAUGAUAUUAUAACCUCAGUUGCUGAAAGAAUCCCCACAUUGGUGAUUCUGAUAUCUGGAAGACCUUUAACUGUACAGCCAAGUCUCUUGGAUAAGAUGGAUGCUCUUGUUUCUGCUUGGUUGCCUGGUAGUGAAGGAGAGGGAAUUGCAGAUGUUAUCUUUGGAGAUUAUAACUUCGAGGGCAAGCUACCGGUGACAUGGUUUAAAAGUGUGGAACAGCUCCCAUUGGAUGCUGGAAGCAACUCAUAUGAACCUUUAUAUCCUCUUGGGUUUGGAUUGACAUGCAAUACGGAGAAAAUUAUACACCAAACAGGUUUUGAUGAAUGAGGUUGUUCUCAAGCUCUGAGUAGACCAAGUUUCUGGAAUCUGUUUAAG